CUUCACAAUAUAUGGAUUUUAGAGCGAAAACAAUGGCUUCGCCGGUCGGAAAGGCGUCUUGUUGAUUUUACUAAGUACCGGAAUGGUAGCACCAUCGUAUUAGCGCGUCGAUUUUGCACUAACGCCGGAUCGGAGAUGUCCCUUUUCUGUUAGGGUCUCAGUGUUUUUCUUGUUCGUCUCCCGGGCCUGGAUGUAGCUGCCUACACUGUAGCGGCGGGUUGCUACUUUCGGAUGAGCGGGCAGUAGAUCUCGAAGAAGCGGGGUCUGUAUUUAGGCGGAACGGAGUUCAAAACAACUGUAGGAUGGAUCCAGACGGUGGGGCAGAUUCACAAAAAGCUGUCAGUCUGCAGUGGAAGAGCUACAAACUUGUCCAGGACCCGGCAACACGGCGGGUUGCACAGAAAAUCUACAGAUACGAUGGAGUUCACUUCAGUGUGCCGGACUCCGGAUUUCCUCCCGUGGGUGAACUGCGGGACCCCAGACCCCGGAGACUAUGGUCAAGGUAUACAGAACUGUCCCUGCCAGUGCCGAAGUUAAAGCUCGAUGAGUUCUAUGUGGGUCCCAUACCCCUCAAGGAGGUGACCUUUGCCAGACUCAAUGACAAUAUAAAGGAGCCCUUCUUGGCAGAAAUGUGUGCAAAGUUUGGUGAGGUGGAGGAGAUGGAGAUCCUGUUUCACCCCAAGACCAGGAAGCACUUGGGCCUGGCCAGGGUGCUGUUUACCAGCACCAGAGGAGCCAAGGACACAGUCAAGCAACUGCACAACACUUCUGUCAUGGGGAACCUCAUUCAUGCUCAGCUGGAUAUAAAAGGCCAGCAGAGGCAGAAGUAUUACGACCUGAUAGUGAACGGGUCCUACACUCCUCAGACCGUCCCCCUGGGAGGCAAAGCUUUGACGGACAGGGUCGCACCUCAGGCCCCAACACAGCCACAGCCGCAACCGCAGCCCGACACGUCGACAGAGGUCAGACGGAGGCUCUCCAGUGAGCUCACGGGUUUGGCCGCAGGGGUCCAGGCCCUCUCCUCCGGAGGUGCCACCCCUGGCUCCGGGGAUACUGGGUUCAGUGAUCAGCGUCUGGACACGCCCCCGUCCUCCAUAGCAGGUCCCUUCACGCCAAGCUCCUCUGCUUCCUCUCAGGGUGGAGGAGGAACUCCUUUCAGCUCCAGAUCCGGGACUCCUUUCUCACAAGAACCGGGCUUCACCGGCGGCAGGCAUGCUGGCUACAACACUGGCACUUUGGGCAGCGGCUACCCUCCCCAGGACAUGCUACCUUCCUCGUCCUCGUCCUCUGCGGUCUCGUCUACUGUCGGCGGAUACAAAGUGUCUCGCUACUCCGAGGAUGCACAGGAACCUUCGGUGUAUCACCGCGGUCGCCCCAUGUACCCCCCGAACACAUCAUACCGUCCCAACGAGCCGCCCUGCUACCCCCCCUACCCCAAUGCCGGAGGGCCCGGGCCGCACAUGGCCCACCACUCCUCGAUGCCUCCGCCACCCCUUGCCGCCCAAUACGAUCCGCCCCCGAUGUCAGAACGGGACCGCAACCGCGACAGAGACUCGGGCGGGCGCUACGGGGCGGCGGGGAUCGGCUCCAGAAGGUCGUCGUACCACCACCAGCAAGAGACAAACUCUUCCACAAAGUACCAUUCCCACCACUCCCAUCACCACUCAGAACGCAGGGACGACAGGGGCUACCGCCGAGACAGCCUGGGCGCCCGAUCAGGCGACCACGGCCACCAGAGACACCGCAACCACCACCACUCUCACAACCACCAUGGCGGCGGCAGCAGCAGCCGCAGAAGGAGCAGCCACGACCCGGACAGAGACCGGGACCGAGAUAGAGACCGGGACAGAGACAGUGACUACUCCAACAGCUCUGACCCGAGAUACAAUUCCAACUCCUACCGCUCUUCCUCCAACAGCCUGUCUCCUCCCCCCUCGUCUUACUCCGCGUUCUCCUCCUCCAAGGAGCCCGCCCCGGCUCCCCCUCAGGGAUUAGAUUCCUCCGCCCGUCUCGCGGCCACAGGUCUCGCAGAGCGGGGUACCCUGCCCCCGGUAGGUGCCGACAAAGACUACCACGCCGGUCACCUGCCGCCGCCUCCCCCACCGCCUCCCCCCCUCCCGCCGGCCUCAGUCAUCGCGGCGGCUGUAGCCGAGACGCUCGGCACGCUGGACUUCAGCCAGGACAGUCCGACGCGCGAAGAGCCGUGGACGAAGCCCAAGCGGCGUCCCAGCACCCCGCCCGCGCCACCGAAGACGCCUCCGCCUUCCUCCCCGGCCCUCCCUUCCAUCGCCUCCUCCUCUACCUCCCCGUCCUCGACCUCCCUCCCCCACCAUCUUCCCUCCUCCUCCGGAUCCCCGCCGCCCCCGCAACGCGACUCGUCUUCCCCCGAGCCCGAUUCAACCAACGAGAGUUUACCGUUCGUUUACCACAGCAGCAGCCUCGACUCCCGCAUUGAGAUGCUCCUCAAGGAGCAAAAGGCAAAGUUCUCUUUCCUGGCCUCCGAUGAGGAAGACGAGGAGGAUAAAAAGGAGGAUAAGCAACGGGGAGAGCGCGUGGACGGAGGAGAGCAAAGGGGCGGGUCAGGCACCGCAGCAGGCGAGCACACGGGUGGAAGUCAGGCGGGAGACAACGGGGAGAAGGACCACAGGAGGAAGGGGGACAGAGACCGAGGAAGGAAACGGGGAAAGGGGGGAGAAGGACGGAAGAGUCCCUCUUUACUUUCGACGACCACACCCUCCUCUUCCGCCUACUCUUCCCACCACCUUUCCCCAGAGGAACCCCAGGUUGUCCUCGCUGGGACUGGGGCUCCGCAGGAGGACUCUUCACAGGGUGGAUCUGCUGAUGCACAGAGCAGGACGGGAGCUCACACGCCGCCGUACAACGGACAGACUCAGUCGUCCCCUCACUCCUCAGGGGAAGACAUGGAGAUCUCCGAGGAGGAGGACGAGGGGACCACCAUAACAACGGUGACCACCCACCAGCCCUCAGUCGCCUCCGGUUCCUCGCCCUCUUCGUCCCAGGCCGCCCUGCCGUCGCAAACGACGGACCCCUCGUCUUCGUCCCCAUCCGUCUCUGACUCUGCACAGCACUUUGGCACCUCCAUGCACCCUCCCAUACCUUCCUACCCUCCACAUUUGCCUCCUCCACCCCCUCCUGGUUACUCCCUCCAGCCCCCGCCUCCCCCUGGGAUUCCUCCCCUGUCCCACAUGGAGCUGCACCCAGAGUACCCUCCUCCCAUGCCCCACCACAUGUAUGACUACGCCACGUCCAUGGAGCUGAUGAGCCAGUACAGCGGCGGCGCUCCGAUGUCCUUCCAGAUGCAGACGCACAUGCUGAGUCGGCUGCACCAGCUGCGCCUGUCUUCAACCAACGACAGCCCGGGUCCGGGCGAGGCUGCCACCGCCGACUACACGUCCUACCAUCUCCACUCGAUGCCCCCGACCCACACGCACCACCCCUACAUGGACCACGAGGGGAGCGGGGCGGGUGCGCCCUACGACCAGGACCACCACUACAUGCCCCACCACAUGGCCUACUCCUACCCCGACCCCCACAGCACUCAGAUCCCUCCCCCGCCCCACCACGGCAUCCCGCCUCCCCACAGCGGCUGGCCGCCACACGCCUUACCGCCGCAGUACCCCUCUUACAUGCCCCCGCCGGGCUACGGCACCAUGCUGCCCGGGGAGGGAGACGAGUACCGGGCGCCGGGGGAGGAGAUGCCCCUGUUGGCUGAGAAUCCGCAUGAGGCCACAGUGCAGAUGGUCCUGGGCAAUCUGAUCCAGGAGAUGAAGAACAUCAUGCAGAGGGACCUGAACCGCAAAAUGGUGGAGAACGUUGCCUUCGCCACGUUCGACGAGUGGUGGGAGAGGAAAGAGACCAAGGCCAAGCCUUUCCAGACAAUGGUUAGAGGGGUGUCUGCCUUGCGGGACGAUGAGAAGAAGGAGGAGAAGGUCAACCGUCCUCGGGAGCCCCUCACGUCUCUGGUGGACUGGGCGAAGAGCGGCGGCAUGGAGGGAUUGUCUCUUCGGGGAGCGCUGCGACUGCCGUCCUUCAAGGUGAAGAGGAAAGAACCUCUGGAGCUUGAAGAGGGAGACAUGAAACGGCCGCGACCCUCGACCCCGCCGGACGAGGAUGACGAAGCUGCCGAGGGCAGAAUGCCAGAAGCCAACAGACACGGAGCUGAAAGGGACAACAAGAGGAGGAAAAAGAAGCCGAGAAAUCGUAAACCUUGGGAGCUCGGCAGUGAGGGGGAGGAAACCUCGGACGGCUCCUCGACCGAGAAGGAGGAUGAAGAAGAAAGUGAAAAGGAGUCUGAUGACGAUGCCCUCAGUGUUGAUAGUGACGAUGAGAGCCUCUCUUCGUCUUCUGAGGGCUCUUCCUCCUCAGGAUCCUCGUCUUCGUCCUCCUCUGACGAUGAGGAUGAAGAGGAAGGAGAGAGGGCCGACAGUGACGGGCCAGACAGCAUGGACGACUCCACCAUGGACAGCACAACCGACAAAGAUGCCAGGGAGAAUCGUGCAGCUGCCGUUUCAAAGGCGGAGGUCAAAAUAGGUGGAGCCAAGGACAACACGUCAGACCCCACGGCAGCACCCACCAAGCGUCCUCCGUCCCCCCCGUACCCGCGUCCGUCUUCCCCGACUGUUCUUCUCCCCCCGCUCAAGAAACGCAGGAAGACCGUCUCGUUCUCACAGGGCGAGAUCGACAGCAAAAUGUCGAGCGCGCCACCGUCUCCGGCCGCCUCUCAGCUGGCGGGUGAAUCGCUCCUCCUCUCCCCAUGCAGGCCCGCCGACUCCCCCCUCGCUUCCUCCCCGUCCCCCUCGGGUCGUGCCGCUCAGGGCAUCCAGCUGCUCCCCUUUGCCUCCAAGCCAGGCGAAGGCAACGCGCUCACCGUGCCCCCAUCCGGGCGAGUCCACGAUUCGGAUGAGUCCAAAAGGGGCCUUCUGGUUUCUCCUCAGAACACGCCGCUCAAGUCCCCCGGAAAACGCGGCGCGGGCAAAGACUCGCCCAAGUCCCCCGUCAUGGUCUGCCGCACCGUGCAGAACCUGCCAUUGGACCACGCGUCAAUGUGCAGGAUGGCCUUCGAGGAGGCCCCGCCCCCACCCCCCGUCAACAAGCGGUCCAGAGGCAGGCCUCGGACCACCAGCCUGUCCGCGUCGUCCCUGAGAGAGGAAGACGAGGAUGAGGAAGAAAGAGAGCAGAGGUUGAGGCUCAGAGAGGAGCUGGGGGCCACCAGCCUCCUGCAGCUGGCCUCCGCCUCAGCCACCGACCUGUCGGUGUUGGCGGCCGUGGCCCUGAAAAUGGACCCUGACGCCGGGGACUCGGAGGAGACGGAGACGUCCGACGAAGCAGAGGAGCAGAAGAUGGAGGAAGAUCUCCUCUCCCCAGAGUCACUGGCCCUGGUUAUGAGCCCAGAGGGGGUCGUUGUCCGCAUGGAGCACAACUACUGCAAACCCCUUGUUCUCGCAGUGCCGUCCGGCGCCAAAAGGACUUCCAAACAGGACUCCUCCGUCUUACUCCCAGCGGACCUCAACGCCAUCUCUGGGGUGCUUGAAGCGCCGGAGGAGGUCAUCGGAGAGGCGCUACCGUCCAGAGGAGAUGCAGGAGAAUACUUAUCUGCAAUUGGAGUCCUUUGUGAGGCUGAGGAUGUGGGCCAGGCUGCAUCCCUACCGCCGCCGAAGAAGACGACUGUGGUUGGCAAAGGUGUGGAACUUGAAAAGGACAACAGCAAAAAGAGGAGAAGAAAAGACAAAGAGAACAUCGAGGUUCCGCUCGCACUGAAGCAGAAGGAGCAGCCGGGCAAGAAACAGAGGAAGCGGAAGCGAGAGGACUCUGAGGAGGACGUGGACGUGGAGGAGCUCGAGUCGGGGGAGCUGUCCAGCUCCGACACGGAGGACGAGAUGCUUGACGACGUGAGGAAAAGCGAGCGCCUCUUCCUGCAGGAGGCCGGGGUCACGUCCCAGCGCUGGCCCAAACCCGCCCCGGCCGCGCCCGAGCUACCGGCCAAGAAGUUCGACAACCGCGGGGAGUUCGAGCAGAUGACCAUCCUGUAUGACAUCUGGAACUCUGGCCUGGACGGCGAAGACCUGAACCUGCUACGGAAGACUUAUGAAAAGCUGCUGCAGGACAACCACAGCUCCGACUGGCUCAAUGAUACUCACUGGGUCAGCCACACUGUGACCAAUUUGCCAAAUCCUCGGCGGAAGAAGAAGGCCGCAGGAGGACAGCUCCGCGAGCACGUGACCGGUUGCGCCAGGAGUGAGGGCUACUACGCCAUCAGCCGCAAGGAGAAGGACGUCUAUCUGGACCUGGACCUGCCCGAGCAGGUCAUACGGGAGGUGGAGAAUAUCGACAGCUCGGGAGCCAACCGGGUCCUCUCAGAGAGACGCUCGGAGCAGCGCCGCCUCCUCACCGUCAUCGGCACCACGGCCGUGAUGGACUCUGACUUGCUCAAACUCAACCAGCUGAAGUACCGUAAGAAGAAGCUUCGUUUUGGACGCAGCAGGAUCCACGAGUGGGGCCUGUUCGCCAUGGAGCCCAUUGCUGCCGAUGAGAUGGUCAUUGAGUACGUGGGUCAGAACAUCAGACAGAUGGUGGCUGACAACCGGGAGAAGCGGUACGCGCAGCAGGGCAUCGGCAGCAGCUACUUGUUCAGAGUGGACCACGACACCAUUAUAGAUGCCACCAAGUGUGGGAACCUGGCCCGAUUCAUCAACCACUGCUGCACUCCAAACUGCUACGCCAAGGUCAUCACCAUAGAGUCCCAGAAGAAGAUUGUGAUCUACUCGAAGCAGGCCAUCGCCUUCAAUGAGGAGAUCACCUACGACUACAAGUUCCCCCUGGAGGACAACAAGAUCCCCUGCUUGUGUGGAACGGAGAACUGCCGGGGGACGCUCAACUAGCGGACGCACUGCUUUUGUUCCUCGCUUACCAACGGACAGCUGGACCCGGUCCACCCUCCCCAAGAGUGGAGCUGGAAACAAAGGCGCCCCCAGACGACCCCUCCCCCUCGUCCCCCUAACCCCUCCUAUCCUCACAAUGCCCAGGAAACGGAGAGACACACACACUUCCACUUUUCAUUCAGCCGGCCAUUUCGUGUGAGUGAGAGGCUUGUGUGCGUGUGGGAGGGAGGGGGGGGGUCAGCAUUAACGUGGCAGUAUUGUUUGGACUGCUCCGUGCAGCCAAGCAUAGAAGGUCUUUAUAUUCCCACGCCUACCUGUGAGCACUAGAACAUCAGUAUUGUACUCCUACGUCGGCGUCAUCGAACCACCGCGUUCACUCUUCCAGUGUCAAAUCCCGCCCUCCCACACACACACACACACACACACAUCUACACACGCACACCCACAAACGCACAGGUAUAUCUGACAAAUUCAGGGUUUUUAAAAAGACUUUUAAGACGACAACUUUAAUCAAUUUGGUCUUCGGUUAUGCAAGAUAUCAAAGCGUUAGGAUUGUUUUGGAGCUCUUUUUAAAAAAACAUUAAUUUCAUAGUAUUAUAUUAUCGCUGUUGUUUAUGGUGUUGUCGUUUAGUUGCAUUAGCUGUGAGUAUCUUACAGCGGAAUGAGCUUCAGUGUAUCCUCGCCCCGUGAAACCAUAAUUUCUCCGCUGUGCGUUCCUCUCCUGAUCCGCCACGAUAUUCUGUCCUUUUUAACUGUUUUUUAACCCACCGUGAAUAUAGGUCUGUUAGGUUGUUGCUAAGUUAAGUGUGUUUUCUUUUACAGGAUCAGCCUAACUUUUUUAUUUUCCUUCCUCCCGCCCAAGUUAAAGUCGGUGCUGAGAAGCCGUUGACAGUUUGUUAGGAUCUCGACGUCUGGUUUUUAGUUCCAUGAAGGCAACUGUUUCCUAUUUCAAAAGAGGCUUCUUCUUCUUCUUCUUCUUUUCCCGCUAGCUCUUAAAAGCUUUUACCAUCAAACCACCUUAGUAAUUGUGUUCAGUGUUCGACUUAGACAGUGUGUGCUACACAUGCUUUUAAACAGCACAUUUAUUUGAGUUGGUCAGGUGUUUUCAAAAGUUUAGUUUAGUAAAGUUUUUUUUUUUUUUUUUUUUUUUUUGGGCAUCUUCAGAAUGCGUUAUUUUCAGUGUGGAUUAAUUCGCCCUCCCCCCCAAAAAAGACCCCAUCCCUCCCUGAAAAACGGAUCAGCUAAAUGCAAACAGAAGUCCUGCGUCCGACCCGUUUGCCGCGUCGAUGGCUGGGAGGUAGACGACCUCCCGCGCUGCACGCAGCAGGACGUUUGUGGCCCUUGUUGCGUCUCUGUUUUACAAAUGGCCGUCCUCAAGUUUGACUUUAGUUUUCCACUUGUAACCAGAAGACUUUUUAUUUUGUUCCCUCCCGAACAGGAGCGUGUGUGUAAGAUGGUUCUUGUUGCAAUGAAAGCCUUUCAGUACAAACCAACCCUCUUUAAUACAGGAUAAAAAGAUGAAAGGAAAAAAAAAUCAAAGAUGUACAUGUAAAUAUUAGAGAGGUGUUUGUUUCUCGUAGAAACACACCGACUUCAAGCUGUAAAUAUGUUGUUCCUUUUCCUCUCAAUGAGGAGGAAACAUGUACAUACCUUCCAUUCUUUUAUUUUUUAUUGUUUUUCUUUUUAAUUUGAUGAUUAUUUUAAUAUUAUUUGCAAUAUUUCUCUUGUAUUAAUGCGUUGGACCCUUUAUUAAUGGUGCAUUAAAAUAUUUUUUAAAUAAAUGAAAACCUCACGUUCA